CUGUCUGUCUGUCUGUCUGUCUGUCUGUCUGUCUGUCUGUCUGUCUGUCUGUCUCGCUGUCUGUCUCGCUGUCUGUCUGCCUGUCUGUCUCUCUGUCUAUCAUUCCAGCAGUUUGGCUGUUGUUUGAGCAUGUUUUGACUGUCUGUUUCGAUAGCAACAGACUGUGGUUAACAACUGGUUUAGAUGAUCAUUGUCUAGUAGAGGAAGUCAAAACCCAACAGCACUGGCUACCUAGUAGAGCUAGAGGUCGAUUGUCUGACUGGACAUUACACUUCAUCAACAUGGUCAACAUUGAGAGUCUGAAAUCUCUACUCGACGAAAUAGUGAAAAAAUUGGCAGGAGGGGGCAGUUUUUAUCUAAUAAUCGCUCUCGUCUUCAUUCACUAUGCUGUGUUUCAUGUAGAGUUUGUUUGCGGUUGCAAACCUGGAGGUUUUCUCUCUGACCAUCACUGUAUCAUGUACAUCACGAUUCCAGCUGUUCUGUUGUUUCUCCUCAUUCUCUGGACGGAUCAGAUGUUCAAAAGAGUAUGUCGGUUCACCUGCAGACGGAGGACCAAAUGUAAUUUCCUCUGUACACUGUUCUCACUUCUGGGUAAGUCAGCCUGUGUUGGGUUGUUCUGGGUUGCGUCUGUGCUCAUCGAUGGAGACUGGUACGUGUGCUGUAGAAACAAUCUCCUCCAGAGAAAGUUGAUCUUCCCUGCAAAAAAAAAAAAGAUGAGCUCAACCCUGAAGACCAAAAUGACCCUGGCUCAACUCAGAAAUGAAUCGUUGGAUGUUGGUUGUUUAAUUGCGCUGGGAGCUGCUGUUAUGUUGAUUCUGUCUAUCAUACAUCGAUGUCACUGCUGUGCUAAAGGUUGUAGGAGGUGGUGUGAUGGUCAGAACAAUGGAUAUCAACCUCUGAACCCGUCUGGGAGUCAGAACCCGUCUGGGAGUCAGAACCCGUCUGGGAGUCAGAACCCGUCUGGGAGUCAGAACCCGUCUGGGAGUCAGAACCCGUCUGGGAGUCAGAACCCGUCUGGGAGUCAGAACCCGUCUGGGAGUCAGAACCCGUCUGGGAGUCAGAACCCGUCUGGGAGUCAGAACCCGUCUGGGAGUCAGAACCCGUCUGGGAGUCAGAACCCGUCUGGGAGUCAGAACUCGUCUGGGAGUCAGAACCCGUCUGGGAGUCAGAACCCGUCUGGGAGUCAGAACCCGUCUGGGAGUCAGAACCCGUCUGGGAGUCAGAACCCGUCUGGAGUCAGAACUCGUCUGGGAGUGAUAAUAACAAUACUCGCUGUUGUGUUAUAUUUUGUGAGACUUGUUGUAAAUCUUAUCACAUGAAUUUAUUUGAGGAGAGUAUUUUGGAAGAAACUGACAUUAAAAUGAGAGACAUUUUAAAGGAGAAAGCUAAAGAGUAUGUGUCUCAAAAAGUGAGCAAAAUAAUACCCCUUACUCAGACAACGAAUGAAGACCAGUAUGUAAAUAGUGAUGCAAGGGAAAAUAACCCACGAGUGUCCGUUCCAGAGACACAGAGAGGUGAGGGGGCAGUAGGAGACGUUCAUACAUUUAAUUGGGAUAAAAUAUCGGAUUUAGCUUUUGACAUAAUUGAUAAUUUACAUAAACCUUCAACACCACCAGAGAGAUCAAUACAACCCCUUGUAUCUGAAGCAGUUAAUGAUCAGGGUGGUGAUGGAAAAAAAUGGGGAAAAAACUUACAACAUAACU